AUUAAAAAAAAAAACCAGGCCAUAAAAAUAAAUAAAAAAACUGUGCAUGGUCUGACACUUUGUGUGUCCUACUUGCAUUAUUCCUAUUGUAAAUUGUAAUUAAAUGGUGAAAUUUAGUAUAUUAAUUGUGAAUUAAGGUGCGAAGAAUGGGAGAGAAGUCGACGCCACUUCUGGCGGUAUUGCAACUGCUGAGAAAAUAUAACCUUAAGGGUACUGAAGAAAUACUUAGGAAAGAAGCAAGUUUGGGAGAUGCCGUAAUAGAAAACUUGGAUUUACCUGAAGUAGAGCUUGCUAACAUUUUGACUUCACAUCAUACAGAGAGUGAUCCAUACAGUUAUGAAUUCGCUUACGACAGCUUGAAAAAGUUUGUCGAAACUUCUUUAGAUGUUUACAAGCAUGAGCUCUCAACACUUCUGUACCCAGUGUUUGUGCACAUGUACAUGGUGCUCAUAUUGUAUGACCACAAUGAACAUGCCAUCAACUUCAUGGAGAAAUUUGGUCCAGAACAGGAAGAGUACUAUCAAGAAGAUUUGAAAAAAAUAUCAAUUGUUAAAAGCAAGGAACAAAUAAAGGGCAAUGAACUGGCAGAGAUCUAUAGCACCAACAAAUUUGUAGUGCAAAUGUCAAGAGAUGCAUCAUCUCAACUGAAGCGCUAUCUGCAUGAACAAAAGAGUUCUACAGUCAUCAUAAACAUUAUCAAUAACCACAUCCACAUUGACAUCCACGAUGGCCCAGGCCGGACUCUGGCUCAGAUCCGGACUAGCAUUGGGAGCAUACUUGGAGAAGCACCGAGAAGUGAGAAUCGCACAAAAGUGUACUAUGGACUAUUGAAGGAGCCAGAUAUACAACUGUUUCCCGUACCCACUGAAGAUGAAGAGGAAACUGAGGAAACUCCAGAUAAGCCAAAGAAGAAAAAAGCUAAAAAAGACAACAUUUUCAUGAAGAAACCGAAAUCUGAUCCUAAUGCACCUCCAAAUGACAGAAUCCCUCUGCCAGAGUUAAAAGAAAUGGAUAAAAUUGAAAAAGGAAAGGCUCUUAGAGAGGCAGCGAAACGUGUGCAAUUGGGACCAGAGAGUCUUCCCUCCAUCUGCUUCUAUACUCUGCUGAACAGCGGUCACACCGCUAUCUGUGCAGAUAUCUGUGAUGACUCUACUCUGUUGGCUGUCGGCUUUAACAACUCUACUAUCAAAGUAUGGACUUUGACACCUGUAAGAUUACGUGGAAUGAAAUCUGCUGAAAAACUGCAAGACAUUGAUAGAGAAGCAGGAGAUGUUCUUGUACGAAUGAUGGAGGAAAGAGAUAGAGAUGCUUGUCGUACGCUAUUCGGGCAUUCAGGACCAGUCUACAAAGUUUCAUUUGACCCAUUUAAGAAUUUGCUGUUAUCCUGCUCAGAAGAUGCAACAGUGAGACUAUGGUCCUUACAAUGUUGGACAUGCCUAGUGGCAUAUAGAGGCCACGUGUGGCCGGUGUGGGACGUGAGAUGGUCCCCGCACGGGCACUACUUCGCGUCGUGCGGCCACGACCGCACGGCUCGGCUCUGGGCCACGGACCAUCAUCAACCGCUGAGGAUCUUCUCUGGACAUCUCACAGACGUUGAUUGCGUGCAAUUCCAUCCAAACUCAAAUUACAUAGCUACAGGCUCCAGCGACCGAACAGUUCGCGUGUGGGACUGUUUGACGGGAACUCAAGUCAGAAUCAUGACGGGCCAUAAGUGCGCAGUAUUCACGCUGCAGUUCUCCACCUGCGGGCGCUGGCUGGCGUCGGGCGGCGGUGGCGGCGAGCUGGUGGUGUGGGACGUGUCGACGGGCGCGCCCGCCGCCGCGCUGCCGCCCGUGCACUCCGCGCCCGUGCACGCGCUCGCUUUUAGUCGCGACGGAACUAUUUUAGCCUCAGGGUCUUUGGACUGCACAAUCAAACUUUGGGAUGUUGCCGCUAUAACUGACGAAGUGACUGUAGAAGAUGCACCUAAUAACCCAGUGGAGAAAAAGGAAGAUAAAUUUUUGUUGCGUUCAUUUGCUACAAAAAAUUCACCAAUAACAAGUUUGCAUUUUACAAGACGUAAUCUUUUGCUGGCUGUAGGCACGUAUGAAGGAAGUACAUAGCAAUAACAUCUGUUAAAAUUAAAUCUUUUUAAUUAUAUAUUAUAAUAAAAGCACACUUUUUUACAAUAAAAAACCUUUUUUAUGUAGAGUAAAAUCAUAAAACUUGAAGUAGGUAGGACCGUUCUGAUGUUAUAAACUGUAUCAUUAAGUUUAAGAUAGACUCAUUACUUCUAGCAACUUGGGCUUUCAUGGCCUGUUUAAAAUCUUCCUUUACUCCCUUGUCUGCACCCCUGGUGCCGAUCCUUCUCUGUCCUAGAUGCUGUUGGGAAUUUGGUAAAAUAUCCAAUGCCACACUGUUAUUCUGAUCAUUCCACAUAAAACUCAGCUCCUCCAGUAUGUCUAUAUGUAUAAUAUAUGCUGAGAAUAAAUGAUAGUGAAAUACA